GAGGAAUCUAGAGAGAGGACAGGAAGUGCAGGGAGUCACAUUGAACUCCUUUAGGAACUAGUCCACCGGUCAGGCAUUCCUCUUGAGUUCAGCAGAUUUGAGGGAGAAUCCUCAUGCCAGUGCAGGAGCGGUAAUAGGACCCAGUCAUGCUUGUUUCGAGGGUGAAGGCACUCUGCAGACUUUAUGGUUCAUGUCAGAACCAGUGCAAGGUCUUAUGCAGUGCUAUACAGCACUGCCAUUCCACCAGCCUUGUUCCGAAUCGCGCACACAGAUACUUUACUUCAGCUGCUGACAACAAGCAGCCGCCAAAAUUAUGGACAGUGCUUGAGCCAGAUUUAGAGGAGGUUCUGGUUCCCCGGAAACUAUCCGUAUCCCCCUUGGAAAGCUGGCUUUCCCUGCGCUAUUCCCUGCCUGCGCAUCUCAAGGCCCCGGCGCCCCUGCAGGAAGGGGAGCUGACGGAGUUGGUGUUGCCCCCUUCCGUAGUACCUUCGCUGGAGGAUGGCGAGAGCUCCAGAGCGCCUCUGAGCUGUCGGAACGUGCUCAAGAUCCGGCGAAGAAAGAUGAACAAGCACAAAUACAAGAAGCUGAUGAAAAGAACCAAGUUCCUGAGGAGGAGGGUGAAGUUGGGAAGGAUGAAGAGAAAGCAGGCUAGGUUUGAGAGAGAUCUUACUAGAAUCUGGAGACAAGCUGGACUGAAGAAACCCCCAGAGGGAUGGACUGCCCCCAAGAUCUACAUCAAACAUCAAGAAACCAAAAGGCACUGAUUCCUCUCAAGAUCAUCCACUGUUGUGUAGAAGUAUUUCUUUGUUAAGGUGUUGCCUUUCAAUUGAUCACUUUGCCACUACUACAUCAUGAGCAGAAACUUGUGGUUGGACUCAUUGUCAGUUGUCUACUUCAAACAUUAUUAUAACAACGAAUAAACAUGUCUGUCAUUAUC